CACACACAUUAACUAGAGCUGUCAGGCUGUGUCACUUCUGGUACUGGAGUGCAGUUGGGUUCUGUGCGUAGGGCUAGAUAAGCAAGGACAGCCAUGGCUGAAUAUAAUACUAACUUGAGGUUAAAGUUACCCAUCACCUGCAUCGUCAUGGAGGUGAUCGUCAUCAUCCUGUUUGCUGUCUUCGUGAGAUACGACACAGACACGGACGCCAGGAAAUGGCACAAGGAGAAAAGCCAUGACAACAAAUCCAACUAUGAGAACGACUUCUACUUCCGCUACCCCAGCUUCCAGGAUGUGCAUGUGAUGAUCUUCAUCGGCUUCGGCUUCCUCAUGACCUUCCUGCAGCGCUAUGGUUUCAGCAGCGUGGGCUUCAACUUCCUGAUCGCAGCCUUCUCCCUGCAGUGGGCCACCCUCAUGCAGGGCUUCUUCCACGGCAUGCAUAACGGCAAGAUAGAAAUUGGUGUGGAGAGCAUGAUCAACGCGGACUUCUGCACGGGCGCGGUGCUCAUUUCCUUUGGGGCUGUGCUGGGGAAGACCAGCCCCGUCCAGCUGCUGAUAAUGGCUGUCAUUGAAGUGACUUUAUUUGCCAUCAAUGAGUUCCUCGUCCUCUCAGUGCUGAAUGCGAAAGAUGCAGGUGGCUCUAUGACCAUUCACAUCUUCGGAGCAUAUUUCGGGCUGGGAGUGACCCGUGUGCUCUACCGCCCCAACCUAGACAAGAGCCAGCACAAAAACUGCUCAGUCUACCACUCUGACCUCUUCGCCAUGAUUGGCACCAUCUACCUCUGGAUGUUCUGGCCAAGCUUCAAUUCUGCCAUCACUGCAGAAGGGGACGACCAGCACAGGACGGCAAUGAACACCUACUACUCCCUGGCCGCCUGCACACUGGCCACGUUUGCCAUCUCCGCUGUGGUCAACCAUGAAGGCAAGCUGGAUAUGGUUCACAUCCAGAACGCAGCGCUGGCAGGGGGUGUUGCGAUGGGCACAGCUGGGGAGAUGAUGCUGACACCCGUUGGCUCAAUGGUUGUCGGCUUCUUGGCGGGGAUCAUCUCCACGUUGGGUUUCAAAUAUCUCACUCCCAUCCUCGAGGAAAAGUUCCACGUUCAGGACACCUGCGGGGUUCACAACCUGCACGGCAUGCCAGGGGUCCUGGGAGCCACUGUGGGUACCAUCACAGCCUCGCUGGCAUCUGCUGAAGUCUAUGGGGAGGGGAUGAAGGACGUGUUCCCUGACAUAUACGAAGGCAAAACUACGCCCUUCAAGCAAGCCAUGUGGCAGGGACUCUCCAUGGGAGUGACCAUGGGCAUUGCUUCCAUUGGAGGAAUUCUCACAGGGCUCCUGCUGAAAGUGCCCAUCUAUGCCACGCCCCCUGAUACCAUGUGCUUUGAGGACAACAUCUACUGGGAGGUCCCAGGAGAGGAGGACUCCCACCAGGAGUUGGCUGCUGUAAGAACGGAGGAAGUGGAGAAACCGCUCAACGGCUGAGCGGUGUGGCUUCCGUGGUAACGGAGCACAGUCAUCGCUGUGUCGGGCAGGAACCGGGCCCAUCCAGUCUGUCCUCCCAAGAGGAGUUCAGCAUCUUCCCGCUGGUCUCAGUCCAUCAAGGAUCUGGAAAAGUUUGUUACUGCAAUUUUCAUUCUAGAGAGACAAACUGCAUUCCUUCUCCUCUUAUGUCUUUUGUAAAAAAGAAAAAAAAGAAAAAAACUACACAUUUUGCAUUAUAUGAUGAUACCCAAUGCAUAUAUCAUGCUGUACAUUAUCUCAAAUUUCUUUUGUGAUUAGGAUUGUUUUUUUUUUUUAAUGUUCACAUUAUACCUGAGUGAAGUAUUACAUAUUGUGCCAUUUCUACGGUGCAGGACAUACUGUACAGCUGCACGUGCAGUGGUUUGGCUGUCCACUAUAGUACAAGACUUUUCCCACAAGAUUGCAGAAGAGUAAAAAUGAUGAUGCAGGUAAUUCACGCCAUGAAGCCCUCACAGAUUUGUUUGUAAAAAAUAAGACCUGUCGCGGACAGGCAAUGUUGUUAGUACCAAGUGUGACCAGUAGGUGUCGCUCCGGAACUUUGUUAGUCGCGCCUCGGUACGCAGAGAGCGCAUAUUAGCAGUCGCUGCAAUGAGGGCAUUAAGGCAGCGCGGCGGCGCGCUCUUUCUCUGGGUUUCAUUCUACCUUCACUUAUACCACAGUGCGCAGCAGCACAACCAUUUCUUUCCUCCAGUUCUUCAGAAGGCAGUAGCUGAUGAACAAAGUUGACCUGGUCAUUAUAUUUUGAUUUUUCACAGCCAAAGAUUUGUUCCUUCCUAUUUAGAUGAGUCAGUAUGUUAGGGAAAUAAAGGGGAAUAUUUGGGGAUGCUUGAAAUGUUUGUUGCAAAAAUUACAUUUCCCUGAAAGGGACAUUGACAAUGAGCAUGAAAGGAAAGUUUAAUACUCAAAGGAAAUAUUUCAUGUAUAUGUUUUGUUAAUACUGUUCGGUAAGGCCUUUAUUGGCUUCUAUUCUAAAAUUAUGUUUUAUACAU